UUAUAAGCGCGCGAAAGCCGGAGAUGUACUCAGGUCGAGCGAUAGUCGCGUCAUCGGGCUGUGGGGAUCGGCGUACGCGCGUGGCGCGAUAAAAAUGACGUUCCACGCCUCGCGGUGGCGGCCGGCGCGGCGCGACGACAGGCAGGUCUGUGUAGACAUCGUUCGAUUUACGGACCGGUUGCACGCACGCCGGCCGGUCUCGCGCCCGAUUAUCAAGUACACGAACUGUGGAAUCCGUGUCGAAUAACAAAAAACAAUCCUUGUUUGAAAAACGAUCCCCGACGAUAAUAAGCCGAACUGCACACGUGAGCCGGGUGAGGUUAGAAACAGAGCUGUCAGUGCUUCCGUGAAAUUUGUUUUUAGGUCAUGGUGUGACGUUUUCAUUAGAGGAGUGCGCCCGAGGUUUGAGCUUCUGACCUCAGGCACCAACAAAAGUUUCCUCCAUAAAUUGGGAGAGCCGAGAAUCGUCGCGGGGCGAUGGAGGACGGCAAGAAAGAAAUCAAUUUGGACUCGGUGCUAGAGAGCCUCGGCCCGUACGGGCGGUACAAUCUGCUGAAUUUCGUGCUGCUGCUUUACCCAAUACUUUUGAGUAGUUUCUUCGAGUGCGGCUUCAUUUUUGAGGCGAGGGAGCAGGCUUACAGAUGUGAAGUCUACGGAUGUGAGCAAAGGUUCAAUGACUCUUUCUGGCUUCAGUACGCGAUACCUUACAACCAUGAGAAGGAAAAGCUUGACUCGUGCAGGAUGUUUGUGCCGGUCCACAACUCGAGCACCAGCAUGCAGUGCAUGCCAGAAGACUUUACCAAUGAAACUAUCCCUUGUAAAAGUUUUGUUUAUGAGGAAUCGAAGUCUUUUGUCGAAGAGUUCAAUCUCGGCUGCAAUGACUGGAUGAGAACAUUAGUUGGUACGAUCCACAACAGCGGGAUGUUUGUGGCAAUGCUUUUUACUGGAGCCAUUUCGGACCGAUACGGGAGGAAAGUAGCCGUUGGCUUCGCGUGCAUUACCAGCUUCAUAUUUGGAUUUUCGAGAGCGUUUUCUGACAGCUAUGUAACGUACGUCAUUCUACAUUUCUUCGAGGCUGCCUUGGGUGGCGGUCUGUACCCAUCAGCGUACGUUUUGAUUGUCGAACUUGUCGGUUUGAAACAGAGGGUCAUCGUAUCAGCGAUGUGCAAUAUGACGUUCGUGAUCGGAGUAGUUCUCAUCGGCUUGCUGGCAUGGUUCGUUGAGAACUGGCGCAUCUACGUCAUGAUCCUCUACAGCCCAGCAUUGGUCGUCCUCCUAUACAUUUGGUUCAUGAACGAGAGCGGAAGAUGGCUGCUCAGCAAAGGCAGAAGAGACGAAGCGGUAGAAGUAUUGAAAAAGGCUGCUAAGAUAAACAAACUCGAUCCGAGAAUGCUAGAACUGGACAACUUAGCGAAUCCGCUUUUGAAGCCAGAAAAUCUGACUGUGGAUAAAAAAUCGCAGUUAUACAAAGCAGUGCGAUCGGGAAUCAUAUGGAGGAGGUUGAUGAUAUGCUCAUUUUUGUGGAUGACAUGCUCGUUGGUGUAUUACGGGCUAUCUAUAAACUCAGUGUCGUUGAGCAGUAACAAGUAUGUGAGUUUCAUGUUGGUUGUGUUGGUGGAGAUACCGGCGUAUAUAGUGGCUGUGUUAGUGUUGGACAAGUAUGGGAGAAAGAGAACGCUCAUAGCGACAUACAUGACGUGCGCUGUGACCUGCUUGCUAUUCGCGUUCUUGCCGCGAUCUGACUGGUGGUCUAUCCCGCUGUACCUGAUAGGCAAGUGGAGUGUCACGUUGGCCUACAGCUCCGUCUACAUCUACGUGUCCGAGGUCUUCCCCACUAACAUGAGGCAGACUUUGAUUAGUUUUUGUUCCACUGCUGGAAGAAUAGGCUCUCUAGUCGCUCCGCUCACUCCACUACUGUCUUCUUACCACAAGUCAAUGCCAACUGUGAUAUUUGGUGUGAUGUGCAUACUAUCAAACUCUCUGGUCUUCUUACUGCCCGAAACAAUGAACAUGAGACUGCCUGACACCAUCGAAGAAGCAGAGAAACUGUCGAGAAGACAAAGCAGGAUAACAAAAGACAAUUUGUGAGACUAGAUUAAGGAUCCUCUAUUCUAUAGUAGAAAAAGAAUUGGAGAUGAUGACGACUCAAAUACUAAGGCAUUUCAAUAGUCACGUUGAUUUCGACACGUGUGCAAAUUUGCUCCACUUCAUAAUUACUCCGAGUCACGCGGAAAUAGAAAAUUUCACGGAAGACCAAUCAAACGUUGAAAACAAAUAUCGUCGAGGUAGUUGUUUUAAUUAAGUUACAAACUAAGAAUAAUUUGAUGAAACAAUAAGCGCGAGUCUUCUUUUUUCAUUUUUCUGCCCUACAAAAAUCUACAAUAGUCAAACUAUAUAAAAUUAGAUUUUUGAAUUUCUUGAAAAACCCACAGUGAUGAUGAAUUAUUAAGAAGUCGCAAAUUUAAUAAUAAGCUUAGACACAUCUCCGGUAUAUGUAAAUUUACACACCGUGAUAUUUCCUCAUUAUGAGUAUUUUUAUAACUUUGUUUUCCCGUUACACAAGAAUCUCAUUCGGAUUGUAAUGUAGUUUUUUUUCGAUGAGUGCAUAAUAAGCAACAACCUGUUCCGAAUAGUUUAUAUUCAAAGAACUAACAAAACAUCACACUAAUGAAAGGUAAACAAAAUUUUCAAAUUCACGUUUACCCAAAUUACAUAAACAAUAAACAUUCACGCAAAAAUAAACUUUGUCAUUAUGAUAUCAAAGAACUGGAAAAUGUUAUUGGUAUGUCCGAUUAUUUAAAAAAAAAAUAUGUUGCCAAAAUAAUAAAAGCAAAGAUACCUACGUCGGCAAUAUUUUUACAUGAAUCAGCUUUCUAACAUGGAGAAUUUAUUAUCAGUUCAGAUCAGUACUUACGUUGUUACUUAAAUUUUUACUUUACGGGCACCUAAUACAUUUUGGCGAAUGUAAUCGUUUAUAUAAUUUUCGGGAUCAUUGAAAGAGUAGACAAAUGAAAUUAAUUGUUUAUACAGUUUGAAAACUACUCGCAGUUAAGAUUCAUUCAUCAGAUAUCCACCUAAUAGGAUACGAAAAUAAUUCAAAAUUUUAACAGUUAAUGUAUUUCACAGUAUUCAAUUUCUUACUUUGAGUAUUAAAUUUUUUGCACACUAGAAUAUUAAAGAAAUAUCUAUUAUAAUUAUUAAUAAAUUAAUAUCAGUUACUACUGAGUAAUUACCUACAUAUUUGCAUAAUUAUUUUUUAUGCGUACUACAAUACAACGGCAGCUUGUUUCUUUAAAGAGGAUCCGCCGUAGAAACAAUUAAUUUAUUAAUUAUUUUGUGAAGAUAGUAUUUAUUAGCAAUAUAUGACAAUUUUUUAUAUUGAACAUUGUGUCUUGGCAAAAUAAGUAGCAUGAUAUAGAUAACUAAUUAAAAUAUAAAAUAAAUCCAACAACUUAAUUAUUUUGUUACUUUUCAUGAAAAUGGUAUAAGUAUAUUUUUAUGAAUAACAAAAAACAUUAAAAUGAAAUUUUCUAGAAUCUGUAAGUAGCUAAUUUAUGUACUAUUUGUAUUUCCAUGCAAAUAAACUAAUUAAUCCGAAAUGCUACAAAGAUUCUAAUUAUGCCAAAGCAACAUAAAUGUUUUGAUAUUUGACCUAUUUUGUAGAAUAUCAAUAUUUUGUACAAGGUCAUAUAAAGCGAAUAAUUUUAGAUUACUACUUAUCGUUGCAUGCCAAAUGCAUAUGUAAAAAAUAAUAUCUGAAACCUAAACGUAAUUAUUAAGAAUACUUAAAAUGUUACUUAAUUUAUACACCUUUAAAUGUCAAAUACGUAUUACAUUAAUACUUACCAUACAUGGUUGGUACUUACGUCAUAUAUAGUUAAGUAUUGGCAGAUAAAGUCUGGUUACGCCAUCCAAAUAAUAAUUAUUGUCACAUCACAAAACCAUUGGCGUAGCUAUAGAUUGGCAUAAUAAAAAUAAUAAUAAGGACAAGUCUUAAUUCUAUCAAAAAAUCAUCAUGCAAAAUUUAAGUAAAUUUAAAAAGUUACAUCGUUUGUGAGUCACUUCUUUGGCGUAGGCCUCUCCCAGCUCCCUUCCGUUUUCUCUAUCUCUACCCUUUGUUCUCCAGUCUGAGUUCUACAGACUGGAGACAGGAGAUUGGCGUAAUACCAUAGUAAUAAAUUAAUAAUAUCCUUCGCCGUCACCUUGCUAGAAAUGUGCGCGCAAAGAGACGCUAUCCGCGAUCCGAACGAGUUCGAACAAAUCAUCCUACUAAUUGGUUGGACUUCGUCAUGUUCCUAUUUUUUCGGAUUAAACUGAGAUAAAAUACAACUUUAAUAAUUUUGCUUUAAAUUAAAUUAAAUAAAAUUCGAUUUUGAUGCCGUGAUUUACAUUUUUGCUGCUCACGAUAAAUAAAUACCGUCCGUACUCAAAGCUGUAUGUACUUGUAACUUGGCCUACGCGACUGCACAAUUUAAAAUAAUUUCGUAUAUUUUCUACUUAUAUAAGACAAAAAAUGGUAAAAUCCCAAGAGACAGAAAAAAGGAUAUUUAAUUUAAUUUCAAUGAAUAGUCAUUCGUUUUUUUUGCGUUCAAUUUAUAUUUAAUUGGUUGACCUUGUUGUUUCCUCCUCAAAAAAAAAAGAUCGGGAUACUUCAUUUAUUAAGAGACUUCUAAAAUGAAGAGGUUGUCAUUUGUCAGUAUAUUAUUUUUAUUCUUACACAUGAUUUACUCGUCUUGUUUAAUCAUGAGAUUUAAUGGGAUUUUAAUGUAAAUUAUUCGAAUUUUUCGUCUACCAAAAUAGCGAUGUGUUAUGGGACCAAUAGGAUAAAUCGAAUUGUCUGCCUGUUAAGACUUAUGUUUUUAUGUGUAUUGUAUAAAAUUUGUAUUAUAGGUAUACUUACGUUUUGGUUUAUUAUCCCCGGUGAUUUUAACCGUCUGUUUCACAAACUUUUCCGAAGAAAAAUUCAUGGUUUUUGAAGGCAACAAAUUGAAAGUAAAGGAUUUGUUUGCUAAAAGGAAGCAUUGAAAAUGUUGCUCUACCGUAAAAACUUUAUACAAGUAUAAAGCUAUUUGUUCACCAUGACAAAUGAACAAUACAACAUAAUAGGUAUAUUCCAUAGUUUCAGAUCAGUGAUGCUAUUUUGUAAGAACAGACGGACAUUUUACCGCGAAAUUGCCAGUGUUUUUUUUAAUAUAUAAAUUUUACGGCCUUGGAGUUUCCCCUAUUGACCAAAUCGCCGGCCGGUGUGAUUUAAAAUGCGUGUUUUAAUUUUAAAUCAACCGCAGAUUCCGAUGGUCAAUGUUUGUUUGUUCUUACAGAAUAGCACUGCCGAUCAUAAUUAAAGUAACUAUCUACUUCCGCCCUUCUGUAUAAGUUGCAUAAAGGCUUUGUCCCACAGCCUGUGGGCAUGGUUGCCAAACGUAUGAGAACUCUAACGUUCGAGAUUUAGCAGUCUCUAUACAUGAUACGAGGUAAAUAGAAAUCUCGUACACUUUGUGGUGGCAUAGUGAAUCUGCAGUUACUGAGUCGAUCCUUUGUGGACUGCACAUUUAUUUACUUUCUAUAAUAUUUUUGGUUUGUGUACAUGACACGAAUAGUCAUCGUUGUUCAAAUCUCAUAUCAAACUGUACUAGAUUUCUAUUUACCUCGUAUCAUGACUGCUAAAUCUCAAACAUUAGAGUUCUCAUACGGUUGACAAACCUGCGCGGCGCGGCCUCGUCCUCAACAACACAGGUCGUGGUGCAGCGCCUUUACGCCCGAGCGGCGGAUGGUGGUCGCGCGGAUAUUAUUUUUAUAGGCAUACUAGCUGAGCCAGCGAACUUCGUAUCGCCAUAAAAAUAUGGAUGGUAGAAGGGUGAAAAUUUUGGGUUGUAUGUAUUUUUGUAUGAUGUAUCAUAAAAAAAUAAAAACAUUUUUUUUUCCAAAAAAAAUAUCGUGGACCACCCUUAACAUUUAGGGGGAUGAAAAAUAGUUGUUGUCCGAUUCUCAGACCUACUCAAUAUGCAUAUAAAAUUUCACGAAAAUCGGUCGAGCUGUUUCGGAGGAGUAAUCGAACUCCUCGCGCACACCAUGACACGAGAAUUUUAUACAUAGAUAGGUACAACAACGCACUGGCAUCCUCUUAAACGCGCGGGUGAGCCAUUCAAAGUGACAUCCGCGCAACCGCCAUCCGAUGCGGUUGGUGACUCGUGUAUUAUUGCACUAACCACAGAUUCACAUUCACGGCUUUAAUUUAUUCAAACAGUAAUAGUUUCAUAAUAUUAAAUCCACUUUUAAAAAACUUUUAAUUUGUAUUCUUCUAUAGGAAAGUGUUAGCAAUGUUUACAAUGACCCGCUGAAUGGAUUGUGAUUAACUAAGUACUUUACAUAAGUAUGUAAAUAAAAAAAAUAUUAUUUAAUUAAAUAAUCACCAAUACCUACUUAAGUAGGUUUAGUUAUUUUAAUUAGGCCGUAAAUAAUAUUGUCUUUUUUUAUUUUAGAAGAUUUACAUAAGAAUACGUAUCUACCUAUGCCUUCAAAAAUAGGAUGUUAAAUCAUAAUUUCAUAAAUUUUAUUUAAGUAAAGAUUACGGCUCUGUAAGAUUAUACAUUUGCGUAUACACUCUGCUUUAAAAAACAAAAAAGACACUUAAUAAAAAAACUUAUAUAUGUAUAGCAAACAACCAAUUCGGUUAUAUUUUUUUAUUGAAUAUGUCCAUGCACCCUCUCUUAUGUGUUAUUAUUUUAGAUAAAAAAAUAUUUGCCUCGUCAAUAGUACCUUUGUACUUGUGUAACUAUAUAUACUUAUUGCUUGAAGUAUAAUCUUAAGUUAGUAUUAUUGUUAUGUGAUUUUAUGUUAUAUUAAAAUUGGUUUAUUUAAAAAUACAGUGUAUUUGUAACGGAUUAAAAAAGAUGAAUAGUUAUCCAAAUGAAAAUUAGCUUUUUUUCUCUGUGUAAUCACCGAAGACAAAAAGUGAAAAAUAUAUUCAACUUUUCCUCGCUGUCUGUAAUUCUACAUUGAGUAUUAAUUUGGUAUUAAUAUAUACACAUUUCAUGUUAAUAAUAAAUUAUGACUUUUAUCUUUAUUCUUAUGACACAAAUUCAGUUGUUUUUUUCCAAAGCAAUCGGAAAACUUUCUACUUAAAGGGUAAACCGGAAGACUCGCCCCCAGUGGGAGAAUUGAACCAUCUUUCAAAUUGUAUUUCAAUUUAGCGCAAACCAAGCGUCAAUUCGUUUAUUUGUCACAUGCGAGAGGCCAAUCGCAACAAAAAAAAAUCGCAUAAAUACAAUAUAUGUAAAUACAAUUUUGAGAACGUAUCAGUUUAAGCGUCUUAAUUCGAAAUCGAUUGGAACAUUUCGCAAAUUGGUUGCAAAUAAUUUGCAGAUUAUAAGGCUAGCGGAAGCUGUCAAUAAAAAAUGUAAGGCGCUCCAGCUUUCGAAGCGCGGGCGCGUUGUAUUUCAUUACAUGGAGCGCCAUUUCGAGUUACAUAACAUAGGUAGGUACCUUGAAUUUUGAGGUAUCUGAGAAAAUUUACUAGCAAAUUCAGACAUAUUUCGUAAAAAAAACGCUUGUCGUCUAAAUAAAAACUCGUGUAAAUAAAAAUAGUUACUUAUUACGUUACAU